AUGGAGAAAGACUUGCGGCUGCGACUCGUGGUGCGGCGCCACGGCGUGCCUGACGUCAAGCUCCUCUGGAAUGCGACCGCCAAUGAGGAUCUGACCAUCUCGAAACUUGUCGCGGAAGUCAACGAGGUGAUUCCCCUCGAAAGCGGCGAAUGGGGCCUCGAGGAUUACGCCGUGGAGCUUAAGGAUGCCUCCGGCGACGGCUUCGAGUGCGUCCACUACCACCUCGUCUCCAAGGUGCUCAAGGAAGAUGACCAAGUCCUCAUCCGACCUCUCCUUACCGACGAUCUCAAGAGGCGAAAGCUCAGCGGCAGGCACCAGAUAUCAUCCGAUGGCAGACACUUGGUGGAUGGCCUCGCCUACGGACGCUCAUGGCUCAAGCCCCCCCGCGACCGACCGAACGUGGCCCUUCCGCCAAGGAAGAAGGCUCGCAUCACCUACAGCAGCGAUGACGAAAACGAUUCCCCGUCGGAAACCAGCAAUGAUACAGAGCUUCCCAUGAUCGAGUACGAUUCGUCGACGAGAGCCCAUCAAGACCCUUCGAGCGUCAAGCUUCGCGCCCGCUUCUACGACGCCGAAUCAGACGGAGAUGAAGAAGGUGACGACGAAUUCGAGCCCGGCGCAGAUGGCGACGACGAUGAGGAUAUGGGCAGCGAGGACGAUGAGAUACGAGAGGAGCUGCGUCUCAUCAGCGAAGACAACGCCGCCGUUAGAGAAGGUGACCUCCUCGAGGAGUUGCGCAGCAUUCGUGGCAAGAGGGCAUCGAGCGGAUCGCGGGAGACCUUACAUUCGACCCCGCCCCGUCGCGCAUCCCCUGUGGCAUCGGCCAACAAUGCUUUGGUCAGGUCUGCAACCAGGACGUCCACAGGCAUGGACUUUCUCGACAAGAUCAUAGCUUUGAGAGCUGCGUUCCCCACUGCACCCUUCGCCAUCGUCGAGCCAACAUUGCUCAGGUGCGACUCAGACCCGGAAAGAGCAUACCGCAAGCUUUCGAAGAAGUUCAGCGCCCAGCUUGGUAUUCUUCAAAUGCUGGAGCGCCAGGAGAGAAGCCUGUCCAGCAGCCCCAUUCGGCAUAGCGACCGUAACGAAGGACGUGAGCUGGUGCUCAGAGAAACGAGUUCUGAGGAAGACUCUGACAGCGCAGCGAACGAGCUUGAGGAACACAUGAGCAACGAGCUGAAUGACGACAGCGACGAGGCGUCUGAGACCCUCAACCACAACACUCAUCCUGAUUCAAAGGAUGAAAAGGACGAGCUGUCCUCCGAAUCGUCUGACUCUGAAUCCAGCUCUGAAUCGAGUGCGGUAGCGUCCGAGUCGGAUUCUGAUCAAGAGAUGGAUGACGUGGACAAAAGCUCAGAAGACUCUUCCUCCGAUGACUCUAGCGAGUCUGGAGAAGAAGCAUCCGUAUCGGACGACAAUUCAGAGGCUGCCGACCAGGAUAUACCUGAAGAGUCUGGCUCAGACUCUGGCAGUGAUGGUUCAAGGGCUGUCGCAGACAGGCGGUCCUCUGAAGGUGCACCUGCCGACGUGGAUAUGGACUCAUCUUCGGGCUCGUCAUCCGACUCUUCGUUAGACUCGCCGUCCGAUUCUUCAGAGUCUGACGAGGAAAGCAGCAGCGACGAUUCCAGCUCGGACUCAGACUCCGACUCCGACUCCGGACCUGAAGAAAUACCUGCUACAACUUUGAGCAAGCAGUAUCAGACUUUGCAGCCCGUCAUAACUCCAGAGCCAACCAAGGCAACUCCUGCGGUCGCCCCAGUUGUCCACACGCCAACUGUCCCUCCCGGCCAAGGCCUGACUAAAACUCAGAAGAGAAAUGCUAGGCGUAAACUUGCCAAGCAGUCCGCGGCGCAGGGCAGUUCAGUAUCAGGACAGAUCAGCAGAGAGCCGUCCCAGAUGACAGCCCCCGAGACUCCAGAUGACAUUGCAGUCCUUUUGGCAAGGAAGAAGGCGUUGCUCGAGGCUUUCGUAUCAGAUGCGCCUGAGGAGUCUCAGAGCCAAGAGAAGUCGCCCGAAAUCCCAGAUUCCGCUCCUCAAGACUCCUCGCAAGUUGAGCACGCUGAGGCUUCUCAAAACCCCUCUACUCAAGAGGAAUCUGCCCAGCGCCGCAUGAAGCCCAAUGUCGGCGCUGCGAGGCGCAUGCUGAUGGGAUCCUUGGGUCUCAAGAACCCAAAGACCAAGGCCGAUGAGGACAAGAUCAGGCAAGAACUGAUGAAAGGCGUGCGACCGCACACCAAUGCACGUCUGACGGAAGCAUCGCAGUCUGGCGAAUCCGCCCAGACUCAAGAAUCGGUAGAGGAAGAUCCCGAAGCCUGGCGCGAGAAAAUCGCUUACCGAGCCGUAGAAUGCUGCCACGAGGGUGUCGAGCUCUCGGAACCGCCAUUUCCUUUUGUCCAGCGGUGGGACCCCCAACAGCAAGUGGAGGAAUGGUUUGGUUCGAAGAAUAAGCGCGGGGGCAAACGUAAGCGCGUACAGCGCAAUCAAGCUCAAUUUUAUGACGACGGGGACUCUCAAUCGUCGAAGAAGCGUCGGGUAGAGGGUGAUGACAGCAUCAUGACCUUCUCGGAGGGGGUUGAGGAAGGAGACACAACACUGAACUACGACGACCCGGUCGAGGAACCGGCCGCGCCAAAGCCCCGACCUGAGGAGAGCCAGAUGACGGAUGUCGAGGAUCUGCCCUCGUUGCCGGACGACCUGACCACACUUCCGGAACUUCGGCCAGGUGCGGCCAAGGCUGGCAUGGUUAUCACAUGGAAACAAUGGGUUUUGUCGACUCAAACUAAUUGGCAACCCGAAGUUAUCAACGUCACUGGUAUUUUGGUCAGAGUCUUCGACGAGGAUGCCACCGACUUUGAGUUCUUGCUGGCUCAACGAGACCGGGAUCAUGAUCGAAAAGAGAAGGUCUACGAUGAAAGCACCGGACAGCGUGUGUACGACCGUUUUGAGGCUCCAGACGACGAUGAGGACGACGAUGAGUCGGGUUUCGAUGACGGAUACCGCAGGAUCACGUUUGCGGAGCUGAUUGAGCCCAAGAUUCUUCAAGACCCUCUGGACGACAAGCAGAUGCCAGUCGUCAACGAAGAGUCGAGUGGCCCCACUGACAGCGUCAUUCACGAAACCGUUUACGACACCCAGAGCCAGCUCUCUCAGUUCCCUGGAAAGAACGCCAGCCCGCCCGAGGCGGAUGAAGAUGGAAGUCAGUCAAAAAUCGAUGCAGAGGAUGAUCAGGCCAAGGCUAACACGGGUGAUGGACAGUCUCAGGUCGUUGCUGAGCAUGAUGAGAUGGUCGUCGACACUUCGGAACAGGAUCAAUCGACCUCAAACCCUGAGCCACCAGUUGACGAUGCACAGCCCGCAGAUUCUAUUGAAGACGAAGCUGAUGAAGACGACGUGGCGACACCCAAAGCCAGUGCACAAGCUAAAGUCAAGAAUGUCGUUGUUGAAACGGAGGAAUCUCAGGAGUCGGGAACCAGCCAAGCCCCUACUGCAUUCUCAAUCUCUUCGGAUCGCCGCCAUGAAAUCAGUCUGAUGAUCGAGGAAGCGGGUUUCCGUAAAGACCUUUCCCCGUCUGUCUUGCAACGCAAAACAAGCAGUCCUACUCGCCAACUUAUGGAGAUGUCGGAGGCAGCCAACAGCCGAUCGUCCGAGGCUCCUGUACCCGAGGGGAGCUCCUUAAAGGAUACCACACCAGUCCCUCCUCAAAGCGACUCUAUCCCACCACCCUCCUCUGCGACUAGCGUCCGCAGCGGGCGGCAACCAGACGACGACUUCAGUUUCCAUACAGGUGGCGACGAUGUUCCAAUGAAUGACACUGGCGAUGGUUCACCAAUCUUGGGAGCCUCCACACCCAAGGCGAAUGUCCAGACGCCCCCUCGGCAGAACAAGUCGCCUGUUGAGCCAGGCACAACCGAGUCCUUCCCGUCAUUGGAAGACAUCUUUCUCGAAGCCACGCAACCAAGCACACAGAAUACGGAAAGUCCCUCCAAGUCACAAGUGUUCUCGGACAUCAAAUCCCGCAAGUCAAUUGUGAAGCUCGACACAGAUUACGAGGCUGCUAUGCGACGCAUUGACGAAGAAGGGGACGAGGGUGGUGAAGAGGAAGAGGAUGAUGAAGAGGACGAGGACGAUGGAGAGGACGAGGACGAUGGAGAGGACGAGGACGAUGGAGAGGACGAGGACGAUGGAGAGGACGAGGACGACGAGUCGCCGCGGGCCUUCAGGGGCACCCGCAAGCAGCUCUUUCCCAACUCAAGUCAGCCAGCUCCGUCCAGAUCGCCCGAAUUACCCGACAUGAGACCGAUGCCCAAGACGGCACCAUCAUCUUUCAGCGAGUCUCAAGAUGUUAAGCCAAAGAAGCCUUUCAUUCGAUUUACGAAGCGCAAGAGCCAGAGCUCUCCGUUUGUCAUUCCGGAUGGUUCCCAGGUUAUCUCGGUGUCAUCCUCGCCCGAACCGCCCAUAGAAGAGGAUUAUGCUGAAGACGAGAUUGAUGACGACUACCAGGAGAAAAGCAGUAGUCUACCGCAUGGGUCUGGCUGGGUGAAGAAGAACAAGCCUUCUCGAGCGAAGAGCAUGCCGCCGGCGAGAACAACAGCCAAUGCGGCAGUCGGAAGGAGGUCGAUCCCGCCCAGCUCCAUGCCGGCUAGAACGAAUACCAAGUCUCGAGGGCAACGCAAGUCUAUGACGAGGUUCUAG